UACCCAGUGGAUUUAGGCGAUGUUUUUAUUAGCAGAGCAGAAUUCUUAGGAUUAGGUAUGAGGGUGUGCAAAGUCCCAAGGGAAAGACCCAGAGAAAAAUCAAACUUCAAAGCCUGGAGAAAUACUUGUUUUUGGAGGGCCUGCCUAUGGCUGUCUGUUUAUAUGUACGGGAUAUAACACUAUCAGUUUUGGUUUUACCGAGAAAGGGUAAGUUUAAAAAUAGUUAAGGGGUAGAGAGAAGAGGGACAGGCCCAGAAUUGCUGCUGGAUGAGGCCUGUGUGCCCCCUGCUGGGUAAGCAGAGACACAUUUCAGAAGGAUGGGGACACUGAGUUCCUGGCCAGAGUUCUAGCACAAUAGGGACUGGCUCUCUUGUGUAGGAAGGACAGCAGAUGGUGCCAAAGACAGAAGCUAAUUCAUAGACACUUAAAGGGCGGAAAUAGUUCUUUUGGGAGGCACACUGAGCAAAGGCCCAGGUAUUACCCCUCUCUCAGCUACCUUGACACAUUCUCCCACAUUCAGGAACCAGACCUCGUGGGUGAGGACACACUGUUCCUCCUGCCAAGUUAAUAACUUCCUCACCCAGCCGAGAUCCUGCCCCAGGCAGGAAUAUAGCUCUGAACCUACGGCAUCUUCUGCUACGACUGUCAAAAUCAGCUGCAGCUCAGGAUCAAGGAGCACGGUCAUGGGAAAGUGGGAUUUCAGGGCAGCCCUCAGGGACUGCCCCUCACCUCAGAAUUCCAUGAUGAAAGCCCAUGUGCUUCUAGGCAUGCUCGUCAUGGUGGGCUUCACAAUGGGAAAGGCUCCUGUUCCUGAAGUGCGGACCUGCCACCUCUGUCUCUUAGAAGACCCUUCUGUAGGUUGCAUUUCAGGCUCAGAGAAGUGCACCAUCAGUAGCACAUCCCCAUGUAUGGUGAUCACAAUCUAUUAUGAUACCAAGGUUCGCUUUUUCAUCCGAGGCUGUGGGCAGUACAAUUCUUACCACUGCCAAGAAAAACGCAACACCUACUUGUCAGAGUACUGGUACCAGGCCCAGUGCUGUCGGUAUGAUUACUGCAAUUCCUGGUCCAGCCCUCAGCUCCAGAGCCCGCAGCCUACGCCCUUCAGUAGGGCCCUGAGCCUGCCUCUGCUCAAGUCCCAGGUCCAACACUUCUACCAGGCCCUGAACCUCUCACUGCCCCUCCCCAGCCUCCAUGCUGGGAAGGAGCCCGAAGGCCUGGCCGAAGGCCUGAAUCCCCUGGCUUCCCUGCCCUUGAACCUGGGCUUGUCCAUUGCUAACUUGCGCAACAUAUACUUAUUCUUGAACAAUUCAGGACUUCUGGUUCUUCCCCGGGCUGGACCCUGAGCCCUUAAUCCUUCCCAGAUUGCAGUCGGUUCCAGCAUCUCUCCCAAUACCAGCACUCCGCACUGCCCUCUCAGAACACGCACAUUCUCUGGUCUGUGCUUAUUCAGAUCUUCUUUAACUUUUUAUUGGGUUGGCCAAAAAGUUGGUUUAGUCUUUUUCUGUACAGUGGCUCUAGUAGUGCUUAGGCAUCUUUAACUUCAUUCAGAACAAUUUUGUUAUAUUGUGACAGCUGUCAUAUUAGCAUGCAUUUAAAAAACAAAACAUCAAAAUUGGUGAGUUUUUUGCAGCCAUUUUAAUAUUGAAAACAGAAGAAAAUUUGGCAUAUUAUGCUUUAUUAUUUCAAGAGAAGUAAAAAUGCAACUGAAACAAAAAGAAUUGUGCAGUGUGUGGAGAAGGUGCCAUGACUGAUCAAAUGUGUCAGGAGUGGUUUGUGAAGUUUCCUGGUACUGUUGACAUUUUGGCCAAAUAAUUCUUUGCUGUGGGGCUGUCUUAUGCAUUGGAGGAUGUUUAUAGCACCCCUGGCCUCUACCCACUAGAAGCCACUAGCAGGAGAUAGCUGACAUACUCAAAAUAUCCACAUCAAUAAAGUUAUUGGUAAAAAUGAAAAAUGUGGUUUUUAUCUUAUGAGAAAAACUCAACAGACUUUUUGGCCAACCCAAUACUUUGUGUCUAAAUGGCUUCAGUUUCUCCCCAGAAACCAGUUACCCAGUGCUCUUCUUUCUCCUAAAAAAUAAUAUCAGGUGCAGAUUCCUGCGCAGACUAACCUGGAGGAGGCAGUGGUUCCCUCCUCCCUUUCCCGUCUGAGGUUCAUCACCCCUCCCCAUCUUUCCAGUCUCCUCUGUCUGGUCAUCUGCCACCUCCACUUCAUUCUGGCUGUAUUUCCCAUCCUGUGCCUAUCUGUAAGACUCAGGCCAGACUGGAUUUGCAGGGUGAAAGAUGAGGGAUAGACUUCCGUGCAGACCUCCCAACUUGGCAUCCUGACGUCUCCGCCAUCCUAUUCCCACACUGGUCUUCUGCUGCCUUCUAAUCUCUUGUCUCACUCUCUGGCCUCCUCAGCCCCACUUCAUGUCACUGAGUCCUGACACCUCCUUCCAUGGGUACCCAGGGAGGGGAGAGGGUCUGCCUUGCUCUGCUCCAUAUCUCCUGAUUUCCCUCCACAAUAAAUGGACAGGGUUAA